AGAAAAAACGGGCGAGAAAGGUAAGAAAAAAAGGAGAGGAGAGGGGCGUCCGGCGGUCGGGCACAGAAUUUGAAAGGGGAAGGUCGUCGAGGAGGCAGAAGGGAGGCUGCUCGGUUUUGUCCUCGCCGUCGCCGCCUCGCAGUCUCCACUGUCCGGCUACCACUGCCGUCUCCAUAAUUGUCGAGGAGUUCAGCUCUCGCUGCUGACACUGUGGAUUUGCAAGGCGGACUGAGGAAGAUAUCCGAAGGAGAUUCGGGGAGAUCGAGGUCUUGACCAUAAUCUCGCCCUCGUUGUUGUUAUCUGCCGCUGAAACCUCGUGCUUGCUAAUCGCCGUCCACCGUCGUCCCUGAGCUACCUUAUCGUGAUUUUCCUUGCGGUCUUUAACUGUCAGACCGUCCACUCCCGUUUGGAGUCAGAAGGUGAAGUUGCCGAGCUGCUUCCACGAACAAUAACGAAAGAGGGCGUUGCGGAGCUUCAAAACUGGCUGAAGUUGGAGAUACUGCCUCUGAUUUUGCUCCAGGUUCUCAAGGUUUAGCUUAUGGUGACAACUUAGGUGGAAAAAGAAUGAGGAAGCUUACACAAAGACGAGCAGUUGAUUACACAAGUACCGCUGUCCGGUAUAUGCAGACCCGGAUGUGGCAGCGGGAUUGCAGAGAUAGGACAGGAUUGCAAUCUACCCCUGCAGCAGCCAUUGAUAUGUUACCUACAGUUGCAUAUUCUGAUAAUCCAUCAACAAGCUUCACUGCAAAGUUUGUUCAUACAUCUCUUAACAAGAACCGCUGUUCCAUCAAUUGCGUUUUGUGGACUCCUAAUGGCAGACGUCUCAUAACGGGAUCUCAAAGUGGGGAGUUUACUCUGUGGAAUGGACAAUCAUUUAACUUUGAAAUGAUUCUUCAGGCCCAUGACCAAGCAAUCAGGUCUAUGGUAUGGAGUCACAAUGACAACUGGAUGGUCUCUGGUGAUGAUGGAGGGGCCAUUAAGUAUUGGCAAAGCAAUAUGAAUAAUGUAAAGGCUAACAAAUCUGCUCAUAAGGAAUCAGUUCGUGAUUUAAGCUUCUGUAGGACUGAUUUGAAGUUCUGUUCUUGCUCUGACGAUACCACUGUUAAAGUGUGGGACUUUGCAAGUUGCCAAGAAGAGCGAUCAUUAACAGGCCAUGGUUGGGAUGUGAAAAGUGUUGAUUGGCACCCCACAAAGUCCUUGCUAGUUUCAGGCGGGAAAGACAAUCUUGUAAAGCUUUGGGAUGCUAAAAGUGGGAAAGAGCUUAGUUCAUUUCAUGGUCACAAAAAUACAGUACUUUGUGUGAAGUGGAACCAAAAUGGUAACUGGGUGCUAACUGCUGGGAAGGAUCAAAUUAUCAAGCUUUAUGAUAUAAGAGCUAUGAAGGAGCUGGAAUCCUUCCGUGGACAUAGAAAAGAUGUGACUGCAUUGGCAUGGCACCCAUUCCAUGAAGAGUACUUUGUCAGCGGCAGCUUUGAUGGUUCUAUGUUCCACUGGCUAGUUGGACACGAGACUCCCCAGAUUGAAGUUCCUACAGCUCAUGAUAAUAGUGUAUGGGACCUUGCAUGGCAUCCUAUUGGAUAUUUGCUUUGCAGUGGUAGCAAUGAUCACACCACGAAGUUCUGGUGCAGAAAUAGGCCAGGUGAUACUGCAAGGGACAAAUUUACCAUGAAUCAGAAUCAAGGUUAUGGUGAUCCUAACCCGAAUCUUGGUGGUCGAUUCCCUGGCAAUUUCCCAGUUCUUGACCAACCUUUGGCUCCAGGAGGACCUUUUGUACCUGGAUUGACCCGAAACGAAGGGACCAUUCCUGGUGUAGGAGCUGCGAUGCCUUUCUCUCUCGAUUCCCCACUACACGGGGAUCAGACGCAGCCGCUGCCAAUAUCCAUGACUUUAGGAGCUCCUCCUCUUCCUCCAGGCCCUCAUCCCUCCCUUCUUAAUCCCAACCAGCAGCACCAGCAGCAGAGAUAUCAACAAAACCCUCAACAACAGCAAAUGCCCCCAUUACCUAUGCCACCACCAAAUAUGCAGCAGCUACAACCUCCAUCCCAUCACUCUCUGCUUCCACACCCUCAUCUACCUCGCCCCCCGCAAAUGCCCCCUCAUGGUAUGCCGGGAUCCCUUCCGACUCCUUCCAUGCCUGGGUCACUCCCGCCAAUGCCUGGCCAAAGGGUAAUCAAUCAGUCAGUUACACAGGUUCCACCACCAAUGCCACAAGGCCCCUUCAUGGGGAUGAACCCUAUGCACUCGGGAUCCAUGCCCACGAACGGUAGCCCUCAGGUUGGCGGGUUCCCAAAUGGCAUGCCGAGUAUGCAGGGCCAGUCGAAUGCAACUGGAGGCCAAAUGUAUCCCCAAAGCAGUCCGUUCAAUCGACCACAAGGCGGGCAGAUGCCGAUGAUGCCAGGCUACAAUCCGUACCAGUCUGGUAACCAAUCGGGUAUGCAGCCGCCACUGCCACCAGGUCCGCCGCCACACUCCCAACAAUAGCCCUCGUCGUUGUUGCAUAACAGGCUUUGGAGCAGGGUGUCAGUUUUGGCGUCGGAGUCGGUAUCUGUGUUAGGAUUUGCAAGAUUUUCCUUUGGCCUUCCUUUCUGCUGUUCUUGAUUGUUUGUUCAAUCGACUAGUUGUAGUUGUAGAAAGACUCCCAGCUUCAUGAGUGCAAAUUGCAGGAUUAAUUUUUUAGAGACGGAUCGACUUUUUCGCACAAUCUGAGAAACAGAUCGCGCGACUGACCGUUUUAUUUUGUAGGCGACUAGUCGAUAGUCUAUUAUUCGCGAUUACAAGGCCAUUCCAUUACCACGAAAGAUUUCAGGAACUGCGAACGUCUUCAAAGAAAGUGACUGGUUUGUGAUUCAGGUAGAUUA